AAGCUGUUGGUACGCAUGCGCCUGACAAGUUGUCAGGAACCGAAGUCGAUGAACGACGGCUCGGCUUGUGUUGUCAUAGAUCGUCUUUUCUCUAAUUAUAAGGCACGCGGACACACGAUUAUGGAACAGGUUAAGAUGGAACAAGACACGGGGGAAAGCGAUAAGAGUUCCGAUGAAGAUACCGAAUCAUCCGGUUCCGAGGAAGACAGCUCGGAAAUUGAUGAAGAAGAAUCAGAAAGACGGCGUGCAGAAUGUCUUGAAGACAUGGCAACAUUAGAACAUCAAUUUUCAGCUUUAAAAGAACGGUUAUAUGAGGAAAGGGUAAAACAAGUUGAUGAAAAACUAGAAGAAAUUCGUGCAGGUAAAGCACAGGAUUAUUGGCGUCCAUUAGCUCAGUUGGAAGAAAAUAUGACAAUACGAAUACAAGUAGCAGGUAUUUUGAAAGAGCUUCGAUUACAGUCAAUUCAGUGUAAAUUUGAAAGUGAAGAGGUGGCUGCAAGACAGAACAUGGAAAGUGACAAAAUAAUAUUGUAUGAUACAGUAAAACAGGAACUGGAAGACAGAAUACGAAGAUUAGAAGAAGACCGACAUAAUAUUGAUAUUUCAUCAGAUUUAUGGAAUGAGAGUCAAAGCCUCCGGCGGGGCAAGAAGAAACAAGACCCCCUGAACCCUGAGCGGCGUCGGAAGCCUGUAACAGUAACAGGUCCAUACAUUGUUUAUAUGUUGCGAGAUGUUGAUAUCAUAGAAGACUGGACACAUAUAAAAAAGGCAUUAAAACAACAGAGCCAGAAAAGAAAAUCUGAGUUUUGACUCUUGUGAAUUCUUAGUGGAAAAUUUCCUGGAAUCCCUAAUCUGUGAUCUCCAUGAUGUUAGAUUUUGGAACUUUUUCAGACUAUCAAAUAAUACUAUUCUUGCUACUUGGAAGACUUAAUACCUCUUUCCCGGUAGAUAUAGUAUUUUAAUUCAUUCAUGGACAAAUCAUCUUCAUUGAAAUAUAUAUAUAUUUUAUUAUUAUGAAAUAUACCUCCCUAUCUCUCCUAUUGGUGUGUCACCGAUGGAUUGAUAAUGAGAAAAAUGAAAGAAAAAGAAACAACGUUGCUAUUGGUGAGCUUGAAGAAGGUCAAAACAGCGAAGGAACCAGAGCGUUUUAGUUGAGUUGCUUUGGUUGUUAUAAUAGACAGGAAAAUAUUUCAUCUGCCAGUGGAAGACGAAUUUGCCACCAGUAUCGGUACAAGCAUUUCAUUGAUUUUGGUGUUGGCCUCCUAUCUCUUCUACAAAUGCAUUGACGGCUUAAGGGCAAAUAAAACAAAAUACGCUCAAUGUGUUAUAUUUGUUCAGAGACUUUCACUUAUACGUAAAUGCAUCUUUUUUUU